AGAGGAACAGAAGGUGGCUAUCAUCGCUGAAGAGGUCGCCAAAAAGCAACGUGAUUGUGAGGAAGAUUUAGUCAAAGCUGAACCAGCUUUGCUAGCAGCUCAGGAAGCCUUAAACACGCUCAACAAGGCCAACCUGACUGAGCUGAAAUCGUUCGGUUCCCCGCCGGGUGUGGUGACGAAUGUCACCGCCGCUGUCAUGGUAUUGUUGGCACCAAAUGGGAAAAUCCCUAAGGAUCGGAGCUGGAAAGCAGCAAAAAUAACGAUGGCUAAGGUUGAUACGUUCUUAGAUGCGUUGAUCAACUACGAUAAGGAACAUAUACAUCCGGAAAUCAUAAAGGCUAUUCAGCCGUAUUUAAAAGAUUCCGAGUUUGAGCCCGACUUUGUACGUUCCAAAUCUGCUGCUGCAGCCGGCCUUUGUGCCUGGGUUAUCAACAUUAUCAAAUUUUACGACGUUUAUUGCGACGUGGAGCCAAAGCGGCGAGCUUUGGCGGCUGCGAACGCUGAGCUUACGGCUUCACAGGAAAAAUUGGCCAACAUUAAGAGAAAAGUUGCUUCCCUCGAGGAGCAACUGGCAAAACUAACAGCCGACUUCGAGAAAGCAACUGCUGAUAAAUUACGCUGUCAGCAGGAAGCCGAUGCCACGCAAGCCACUAUCCAGCUAGCUAACCGGCUUGUCGGAGGGUUGGCUAGUGAAAAUGUUCGUUGGGCUGAAGCAGUUGCAGAGUUCAUGCAACAAGCCACUACGCUCCCGGGAGACAUUUUACUCGUAACGGCCUUUAUUUCCUAUGUCGGUUGUUUCACCAAGCAAUUCCGACUGGACAUGAUGAAUAAGAUGUGGCUCCCGUUCUUGCGAGCACUGGAACCACCCGUUCCCAUUACCGACAGUCUUGAUCCGUUGCGUUUGCUCACUGAUGACACACAAAUUGCUACAUGGCAAAAUGAAGGACUCCCAAGCGAUCGGAUGUCGAUUGAAAACGCCACUAUAUUGAGCAACUCGGACCGCUGGCCAUUGAUGAUCGAUCCACAGUUACAGGGUAUCAAAUGGAUCAAGCAAAAGUAUGGCGAUGUGUUGAAAGUUAUACGCUUAGGUUCGAAGGGAUACCUGGAGGUGCUAGAAAAGGCGCUUGCCAAAGGCAGUACGGUAUUGAUUGAAAACAUCAGCGAAAAUGUUGAUCCAGUGCUGGACUCUUUGCUUGGACGCAAUCUCAUCAAAAAGGGACGAGCGAUCAAAAUCGGAGACAAAGAGGUCGAGUACAAUCACAAAUUUAGACUUAUCCUGCACACUAAAUUGGCUAAUCCGCAUUACAAGCCGGAGAUGCAAGCGCAAACUACUUUGAUCAACUUUACCGUCACCAGAGACGGCCUAGAGGAUCAGCUGUUGGCAGAGGUGGUUAAGGCCGAACGACCUGACCUGGAAGAAUUGAAGGCAGAUCUAACCAAGCAACAGAAUGACUUUAAAAUUAUGCUCAAACGGCUUGAGGACGAUUUGCUAUCGCGUUUGUCAUCGGCCGGCGGUAACAUUCUUGGCGACACUGCGCUGGUGGAAAAUCUCGAGACGACCAAGAAGACCGCAGCAGAAAUUGAGGAGAAAGUGUCUGAAGCCAAAGUCACCUCCAAGGAGAUCGACGAAGCGCGUGAACACUACCGACCGGCAGCGGCCCGGGCCAGCUUGUUGUACUUCAUUCUAAAUGAUCUGAACACCAUCAAUCCCAUUUACCAGUUUUCGCUCAAAGCAUUCAGUGUUGUGUUUCAAAAGGCUAUUUCAAAAGCGGACUCAGCGGAGGAAGUGCCAAUGCGUGUGCGAAAUUUGAUCGAUUGCAUUUCCUUCUCAGUGUUUCAGUACACUACGCGCGGGUUGUUCGAAUGUGACAAGUUGAUUUUCAUGUCCCAGAUGACAUUUCAGAUUCUAUUGAUAAACGAAGAAAUUACCCCAGCUGAGUUGGACUUCCUGCUGCGUUUUCCGAUCAAACCGCAUGUGACAUCGCCGGUGGAUUUUCUUACAAAUACUGCCUGGGGAGGGAUUUGCAGUUUGGCAUCAAAGGAUGAAUUUAGAAAUCUCGAUCGUGACAUUGAAACAUCCUCCAAGCGAUGGAAAAAACUCAUCGAAUCGGAAUGUCCGGAAAAGGAAAAGUUCCCCCAAGAGUGGAAGAACAAAACUGCACUUCAGCGCUUGUGUAUGAUGCGCGCUUUGCGUCCAGAUCGCAUGACCUAUGCCAUGACAGAUUUCAUUGAGGAAAAACUCGGAGCAAGAUACGUGGAGAAUCGAACGAUGGAGUUUGCCAAAUCGUUCGAAGAAACCAGCCCUUCGACACCGAUAUUCUUCAUCCUGUCUCCCGGCGUUAAUCCUCUCAAGGAUGUGGAAACGCUGGGGAAACAAUUGGGCUAUUCGGCGGAUAAUGGUAACUUCUAUAAUGUAUCGCUAGGUCAGGGCCAGGAAGUGGUAGCCGAGUCCGCUAUGGACAAAGCAGCAUCUUCCGGUCACUGGGUUAUUUUGCAAAACAUUCAUCUAGUUAAAAAGUGGCUGCCAGCGUUAGAAAAGAAGCUGGAGUUUUAUUCCGAAGGAUCACACGAUAACUAUCGUGUGUUUAUGAGUGCGGAGCCGGCUGCUACAGCAUCGGCUCACAUCAUUCCCCAGGGCAUUCUGGAGUCGUCGAUUAAAAUCACCAAUGAACCGCCAACCGGAAUGCAGGCAAACAUACACAAAGCUCUGGACAACUUUACGCAGGAAACACUCGAAAUGUGUGGCAAGGAGGCAGAAUUUAAAGUGAUCUUGUUUUCUCUCUGCUACUUCCACGCAGUCGUUGCGGAGAGACGCAAGUUUGGGCCGCAAGGAUGGAACAAAAUUUAUCCCUUCAAUGUAGGUGAUCUCAACAUCUCGGUGUCCGUGCUCUACAACUACCUAGAGGCUAACACCAAAGUGCCCUGGGAGGAUCUGCGCUACCUGUUCGGAGAAAUCAUGUACGGCGGGCAUAUCACAGACGAUUGGGAUCGGCGCACGUGUAUUACCUAUCUGGAGGAGCUGAUGCAACCAGAUCUGGUCGAUGGAGAGCUGUUCCUGGCGCCGGGAUUCGCUGCACCUCCCAACACUGACUAUGCCGGUUACCAUGCGUAUAUCGACGAAGCUAUGCCUCCGGAAUCACCUUAUCUCUAUGGGCUUCAUCCUAAUGCAGAAAUCGGCUUCCUAACUACCACGUCGGAGAACCUCUUCCGCACGGUGUUUGAGAUGCAGCCCCGUGACGCAGGAUCGGGAUCCGGCACCACCGUUACCCGUGAAGACAAAGUGAAACAAGUGCUGGAUGAAAUCAUGGAGAAGCUACCGGAAGAAUUUAACAUGGCGGAAAUCAUGGGCAAAGUUGAAGAGCGCACGCCUUACGUAAUCGUAGCAUUUCAAGAGUGCGAACGUAUGAACUACCUUACCGGUGAGAUAAAGAGAAGCUUGAAAGAACUUGACCUUGGUAUGAAGGGCGAACUCACCAUCACGUCCGAUAUGGAAGAACUGGAGAAUUCUCUCUUCCUUGAUCAGGUGCCUGCCGUAUGGGCUUCUCGUGCUUAUCCUUCGCUGUUAGGCCUCACCGGGUGGUUCGUAGAUUUGCUACUUCGUUUGCGUGAGCUCGAAACCUGGUCGGCGGACUUUGUGCUGCCCAUUUCGGUAUGGUUGGCCGGAUUUUUUAAUCCCCAGUCACUGUUAACAGCCAUCAUGCAGUCGACGGCACGUAAGAACGAGCUACCGCUAGACAAGAUGUGCCUGCACUGUGACGUGACCAAAAAGCAAAAGGACGACUUUUCUGCCGGUCCUCGCGAAGGCGCGUACGUUCAUGGUAUAUUUAUGGAAGGUGCACGCUGGGACGUACAGCAGAGCAUUAUUAUGGAAUCGAAAUUGAAGGAACUGUAUCCCCAAAUGCCGGUCAUAAACAUUAGGGCACUCACCCAGGACAAACAGGAUCUACGUAACAUGUAUGAAUGUCCGGUCUACAAAACCAGGACACGUGGCCCAACGUACAUUUGGACCUUUAAUCUUAAAACCAAGGACAAACCAGCCAAAUGGACGCUCGCUGGAGUUGCUUUACUGUUACAAGUUUAAUUGUGUGAUUGUGUUGUUGUUGUACUAUAUUUUAAAAACGGUUUUGCGUGUACUUUUUUGCACCUGUAGCAAUUGUUUGGUGUUUUCUUUGUGACAUAUAAAUAAUCAAUAACUAGGAAUAGUAAUUAUUAAUACUUUCUCAAUAAAUUAGAGCACCUACAGCACUGAACCAAACAACAUCUUAUUAUUAUUAUAUAUUGUCUAAUAUGGAGUUUUAUGAACAAUUAAAAUUACAGCUAAAAUUUAUUUUACAUAUUUGACUCUAAGAAGAAAAAACACAUUAUCUACAUUAUGAGUAAAUGAUGAUUAUGAAUCAUUAUUAUCAUGAAUGAAUGAGUAUUAUUUUUCACAUUACGGUUAAAUUUUCAUUCGCUUAAUACACGAGGAAUUAUUGACCGUCUUCAAGAACUUUUUUUUUUGUUAUUGAUAUGUAUUAAGUUAUUAAUUUUUUUUUUAAUUUAUCAAUUUCUAGAUUUAUUAAUUUAUUAUAUUUUAAUUUAUAAAUUUCUAAAUUUAUUUAUUUAUUUAAUAGACGUACCUAUUGGUCUAACAGGUCAAACGCAUUCAUGCAUUAUUAAAGCCUCGUUUUUUCAAUUUACGAUUUGUAAGUGUCAUAAAACUUUAUACAGUUACUUCUAAUAACCAAACUUCAAGAUGAAAAAAAAUAAUUUUAACAACAAUUACAUUCCAUAUGAAGAAAUAGUAUUCUGGACAUUUGUUAAAAAUUACAGUGUUCCAUCAAUCAAUUAGAAAUAUUAGGUUUAUAUAGAGCAAUUCUAUGAUUAUUACCUUUCAAUACACAGAGUAGUCAGUCCUACGUAUGGAGGGGCAUGGUUCGUAUGAAACCCACGCCGGGUAUGUUGUAAAGUCGUGGAUGUUAACGACUGUAUCACGGAACUGGCUCUAGGAUCGAUGUGUUACUUCGAAUUUCGCAAGAGCGUUUUAUUAUAUACUGUUUUAUAUAUUUUUACCCAGUUUGACUAUUUUUCUAAUCUUCAAAAGCACGCAACUGAGCCAUGCGUAUACCACACUAACUUGGUAACGUUUUACAUGCUGCCGUUUGUGCAAAUGAUAUUGUGCAUAUUUGUCGAAGCUUUUUUGUGUAUUAUUUACAAUCUUUCGAAUAUCUGUCAUAUUUAUUGACAAUCUUAAUGUAGUAAAGAAAAAUACUUUCUCAGUAAUUGACUACUUUCCCAAAUGAGUGGUUGUCUAAGAUUGUGACGUCGUGAAACAUAAUACGUUAGAUUCAAUAGUCUGUUGAAUGAAACACCACAAAAAGGACACUUGUUUGACUUCUCUCUCGUAUAACUCUGUGACUGCAUUUUUAACUCAUAAGCAAAGGGAAAUUUUCGCAGACAUAGAGAUUGAGGCGAUGGAAAAAGUAACGUUUAGUGGAAAAAUCACUAAAUAAAUAUAUAUCACACUUGAACAUGACGGAGUUUUUACUGUGUUUUACACCAUCACGCUCUGUACAUAAACCGUACGCGGCAAAUCACUUGUCAUAUAAAAAAUAAAAUUCAAACGAUGCUUAUUUUACGAGACUAAAGUUUUACAACGAUAUUUUCGUGAAAGUAGCUAGUGCAAUUAAACGGUUGGAAAGACAAAUGUUUAGACAUGUGAUACGCAAAAUACUUCGAGUUUUGCCCCAAUACGGCACACCGCUUUUACCAAGACAUUUUCUAGGUGUAUUUUUCUAAACCAUUUCCGGUAGAGGCAAAUCCGGUAAGGAAUUACCUUCUAGCCUUUGAAAACCAUAUGAAUCAAAGUAAUGUAUGGCAAUACUGUAACGUUUUGAAGGCAUGCACUGCGAUUGCUAGAAGUCUUGUAAGCAAAUAUUUAGUAUAUGUUAAUAUUAAUGUUAAUCCGAAUUACCACGUUUGAAAACUGCAUCGUAAGCUACAAUUCGACGCACAAUACUUCCAGUCCAUGUUGUAGGGCAAUUGAAAAUAAGUAGGUUCAAAAUAAUUACAACGAACACAUUCAAAACUUUGUUGUUAUCUUUGUUUGUUUAAAUUGGAAAGUUGUUUGACAUUUAUCUGUGCUAUUUCCAUCUCGCUCGUUCGAUUUGAAAUUUUUGUUUUAUCCAACAAUUUAAUGUUGAUUUCAUCAUACAAUUUUUUACGGUGUUAAUCGUUAGGAACUUUUCCUGGGAUCAAAAACCUGUUUUCAUGAGCUCGCCAACGCUCCAAAUCGGUGCGAUUUUCCCUCGCUGGCGAUCAUUUUUGAUAGCCGUUGUGAGGGUUUUUGAGGGAUCAAGAUAAAUAAAAAGCUCGGGCCGGUGUGAUGUUGUGUUGGUGGAUAAAAUUAAUUGGCCAAAAAAACACUCCACCACUCCUCCACCUCUCCUUCAUUGACCCCACGCAUCUUAGCAUCUGCACUCCGCCGGCUCACUUGCUCAUACAUGUUCCGCUAUCGCAUCAGCUGAUCCGGUGGUGACAUGAUGGUUACGAAGCUAUAUCAAACAAGCGCAGGUGUAGGUGGAACUCAAAUAAGUAAAAAAAAUGUGGACAUGUUAAAUGCAUGAUCGUUAUUAGUGUUGUGCUCUAAGAGCAAGAGCUACUACGGAGGGCUUCAAUCUUUAAAUUGAGCUUUAAAGCUCUGAGCUUUCCCGUUUUUCAUUCGAUGUGGCUCUUUGCUCACCUCUUGUCUAGAACUUUAUUCACUAGACAUGCAAUUUGCAACGUGCAUAUUCUUUACUCUCAUUCAAACGAACGAUAACGGUCCAAA